UUAAUUAUAAUUUUAUAGAGUUUAUAAUCAAUCGGUUGUUUGUCAGAGUUAUCACGUCGAGCUUGCAUGGUUUCCUGUUCAUGUACUUAUAUAUUUCGAAAUCUGUUUAAAAGUGUUUAGUAGUCUCACAGCAUCCAUACACAAUGGCUGCAGACCUAAGGAACAAAGUGGUGGUAAUAACCGGCGGAGCUGAGGGAAUCGGUUUUGAAAUAGCCGACAAAUAUCUACAGAAAGGAGCCAGUAUAACUAUAUUACUGGAUAUCAACGAGAGACUUGGAGAAGACGCUGUGAAAAAACUUACAACUACAUACGGUAAAAAUAAAGCACUAUUUAUUAAAUGUGAUGUAACUUCUGAUGCAGAUAAGGUAUCAAAAAAGAUAUUUGAUAAUUAUAAAGUGGAUGUGCUCGUUAAUAAUGCUGGCAUCCUAAACGAAAAUCUUCUCAAGAAAACCAUCGAUAUUAAUGUAACCGCUGUUGUUGAAUGGGGUUUAACUUUUUGGCACCACAUGAGAAAGGACAAAGGCGGUAACGGAGGCACAAUUAUUAACUUAGCUUCAAUCUAUGGCUACAGAGUUGAUCAAUUCCUUCCUAUCUAUCAAGCUUCAAAAUUCGCUGUUAUGGGAUUUACAAAGUCUUUGGGCCAUGUAGCCAAUUACACGAGAUCUGGAGUGAGAGUAGUAGCCAUCUGUCCUGGUUUUACUGAAACGAAGUUGACGGAUCAGCCCCCAAUACGGGAUAUGGGUCAAAAUGACGAGUUCGAAAAGUUCUUGAAAUCCCAAGAGUGGCAGAAGGUGGAGGCAGUGGGUAACGCCGCGGUGGACAUCUUCCAAAGAGCUGGCAGUGGAUCUGCUUGGCUUAUCGAGGGUGCUAAACCUAUUGUAGAAGUAUGUAAAUAACAUUCAGCUCCAUGUUUAUUUGUAAACAAAUUUUACUCGAACUCUAUUGGCUAUUUCUGUUCAAUAAAUAUUAAUAUCCGUGUGGUUUC